UUACGCUCCUCGGGCCGCCGGUGACGGGUGGCCGGCCGGGGGCGGGAGGGCUUCGCGGCUAGAAAGGGAGGUCCGCUCGGCCGGGCGCGCCGCCCCAGUGCUCUGUGGGAUACUGGAAGUCUCGAGCGUCGCCUCCCGGCUCCCAGCCCGCCUCCGGCCCGCACUCCCCGAGCCGUCACACACCCCCUGCCCUCGCUCUCUCCCCUCGCCGCCUCCCCCUUCCUCCUCCCGAUAAGAAGACCCGGCGGCAGGAGAGGGGAUGAAGAUGGCGGACGCGAAGCAGAAGCGGAACGAGCAGCUGAAGCGCUGGAUCGGCUCCGAGACGGACCUCGAGCCUCCCGUGGUGAAGCGCCAGAAGACCAAGGUGAAGUUCGACGAUGGCGCCGUCUUCCUGGCUGCUUGUUCCAGCGGCGACACGGACGAGGUCCUCAAGCUGCUGCACCGCGGCGCCGACAUCAAUUACGCCAAUGUGGACGGACUCACUGCCCUGCACCAGGCUUGCAUUGAUGACAAUGUCGAUAUGGUGAAGUUUCUGGUAGAAAAUGGAGCAAAUAUUAAUCAACCUGAUAAUGAAGGCUGGAUACCACUACACGCAGCUGCUUCCUGUGGAUAUCUUGAUAUUGCAGAGUUUUUGAUUGGUCAUGGAGCACAUGUAGGAGCUGUCAACAGUGAAGGUGACACGCCUUUAGAUAUUGCUGAGGAGGAGGCAAUGGAAGAGCUACUUCAAAAUGAAGUUAAUCGGCAAGGUGUUGAUAUAGAAGCAGCUCGAAAGGAAGAAGAACGGAUAAUGCUAAGAGAUGCAAGACAAUGGCUAAAUAGUGGUCAUAUAAAUGAUGUCCGGCAUGCAAAAUCUGGAGGUACAGCACUUCAUGUUGCAGCAGCUAAAGGCUAUACAGAAGUUUUAAAACUUUUAAUACAGGCAGGCUAUGAUGUUAAUAUUAAAGAUUUUGAUGGCUGGACACCUCUCCAUGCUGCAGCUCACUGGGGUAAAGAAGAAGCAUGUCGAAUAUUAGUGGACAAUCUGUGUGAUAUGGAGAUGGUCAACAAAGUGGGCCAGACAGCCUUUGAUGUAGCAGAUGAAGACAUUUUAGGAUAUUUAGAAGAAUUGCAAAAGAAACAAAAUCUGCUCCAUAGUGAAAAACGGGAGAAGAAAUCUCCACUAAUUGAAUCAACAGCUAAUAUGGACAAUAAUCAGUCACAGAAGACCUUUAAAAACAAAGAGACAUUGAUUAUUGAGCCAGAGAAAAAUGCAUCUCGUAUUGAAUCUCUGGAACAAGAAAAGGUUGAUGAUGAAGAAGAAGGAAAGAAAGAUGAAUCUAGCUGCUCGAGUGAAGAAGAUGAGGAAGAUGAUUCAGAAUCAGAAGCUGAAACAGAUAAGACAAAACCCAUGGCUUCUGUAACUAAUGCCAAUACUUCUAGUACACAAGCAGCUCCUGUAGCUGUUACAACACCUACUGUGCCAUCUGGUCAGGCAACACCUACAUCACCUAUAAAAAAGUUUCCAACCUCAGCUACAAAAAUUUCUUCCAAAGAUGAAGAGAGAAAAGAUGAGUCUCCUGCAUCGUGGAGGUUAGGACUUAGGAAGACUGGUAGUUAUGGUGCACUUGCAGAGAUCACGGCAUCUAAAGAGGCUCAGAAAGAAAAAGACACUGCGGGUGUUAUGCGUUCAGCAUCAAGUCCCAGGCUUUCCUCCUCUUUGGAUAAUAAAGAAAAGGAGAAAGAUAGUAAAGGAACUAGGCUUGCAUAUGUUGCACCUACAAUACCAAGACGACUAGCCAGUACAUCUGACAUUGAAGAGAAGGAAAACAGAGACUCUUCAAGUUUGCGAACAAGUAGUUCCUAUACAAGAAGAAAAUGGGAAGAUGAUCUCAAAAGGAAUAGCUCAAUUAAUGAAGGAUCAACUUAUCAUAAAAGAGAUAUGACUCUUUCCUUUAGUUGCUCCUUUGGUAGAAGACAAGAUGAUUUGAUUAGUUCUAGUGUUCCAAGCACCACAUCAACACCAACAGUUACCUCUGCAGCUGGGCUUCAGAAAAGCCUGCUUUCCAGCACAAGCACUACUACAAAGAUUACAACGGGUUCUUCCUCAGCAGGCACACAAAGCAGUACCUCAAAUCGUUUGUGGGCUGAGGAUAGUACUGAAAAAGAAAAGGACAGUGUUCCUACGGCAGUGACCAUUCCUGUUGCUCCAACUGUUGUAAAUGCUGCAGCCUCUACCACAACCCUGACUACAACUACUGCUGGCACUGUCUCCUCCACGUCAGAGGUCAGGGAGAGACGCAGAUCAUACCUCACUCCUGUUAGAGAUGAAGAGUCUGAAUCCCAAAGAAAAGCAAGAUCUAGACAAGCAAGACAGUCUAGAAGGUCAACACAGGGGGUGACAUUGACUGAUCUUCAGGAAGCUGAAAAAACAAUAGGAAGAAGUCGUUCUAUUCGAACCAGAGAACAAGAAAAUGAAGAAAAAGAAAAAGAGGAAAAAGAAAAACAAGAUAAAGAGAAGCAAGAAGAAAAAAAGGAGUCAGAAACCUCUCGAGAAGAUGACUAUAAGCAAAAGUACUCCAGAACAUAUGAUGAGACUUAUCAGCGUUACAGAUCAGUAUCAACUUCAAGUUCAACCACUCCAUCCUCUUCACUUUCUACCAUGAGCAGUUCACUCUAUGCUUCAAGUCAACUAAGUAGGCCAAAUAGCCUUGUAGGUAUAACUUCUGCUUACUCACGAGGAUUAACAAAAGAAAAUGAAAGAGAAGGAGAAAAGAGAGAAGAGGAGAAAGAAGGAGAAGAUAAAUCACAGCCUAAGUCAAUCAGGGAGCGACGGCGACCAAGAGAGAAAAGAAGAUCUACUGGAGUUUCAUUUUGGACACAAGAUAGCGAUGAAAAUGAACAAGAGCAACAAUCAGAUACAGAAGAGGGAUCCAAUAAGAAAGAAACUCAGACGGAUUCCAUUUCUAGAUAUGAAACCAGUUCUACGUCAGCUAGUGAUCGGUAUGAUUCCUUGCUGGGUCGCUCUGGAUCAUACAGUUACUUAGAAGAAAGAAAAUCUUACAGUAGCAGGCUAGAAAAGGAUGACUCAACUGACUUUAAAAAGCUUUAUGAACAAAUUCUGGCUGAAAAUGAAAAGCUGAAAGCACAGCUACAUGAUACAAACAUGGAACUGACAGAUCUUAAAUUGCAGUUGGAAAAGGCUACCCAGAGACAAGAAAGAUACACUGAUAGGUCACUAUUGGAAAUGGAAAAAAGGGAACGAAGAGCUCUAGAAAGAAGAAUAUCUGAAAUGGAAGAAGAGCUCAAAAUGUUACCAGACCUAAAAGCAGACAACCAGAGGCUAAAGGACGAAAAUGGGGCCUUGAUCAGAGUUAUAAGCAAACUUUCCAAAUAAAAUAAAAAGCAGCAAAUAAUGGAAUUGCACAUAUUAGUAACCCAGUGGACCAUAAUUGACAGUCACUGGAAACCUGGAAAGAGUCUUUGGAGACUGUCAUUUCUGGAUAUCCUGCCAAAUGCCCUCUUAUCUUGGAGUUUUGUUUAAAUUUUCUGGGUUUGUUUUUUGUUUUGUUUUCUCUUGUAUCAAGACCAUUGUUUCAUGUUAAUGCAGCUGCUGAGAAGAUUUUUUUUAAAGACUGAGAAAACUUGUUUACAGCUCCAGCAUAUAAGGAAAGUGUUCAAGGCCAGAUAUGCCUCAGAUAUUUAACCAGUAAGCCUUAGUUGUACAUAAAUACUUUUGUGUCAACAAAAACUUGCAGCUCUCACAGAAGACAGUUAUUCAACAUUUUUGAUGUGCCACCGUUUCCAGUUUUUCGAUAUUUAAAUUUUUUUUGCUUUACAUUUAAGUUUGGGUUUGUAUGUUUUUCCUUGUAAUGCUUCAUGUGGCAGACUUUUCUAUGUUUUCACGGCUUUUUCACUUACAGAAAAGAACACUUGCUCUUCUGAGGUCAUUGUCAUGUAUUAGGCUCAUGUAUUAGGCGGAUGCUGUGUUGUGUCCCACCUGGAACUGAACUGCUUGGUGGAACAUUUGCUUUCACUAUUUGUGCAAUAUUGCAUUUAUUUCUUAUAUGAAUGCUUUAAAGUCAGUUGAGGUUAGGUUCUUUUAAGUCCUGUUUUCUGCCUUCAUUGGUCACUUUUUUGUUUUUGUUUGUUUUUUAUUAUUGUAGUACAAGAUGUUAGAUUCUAUAAUCUUCACAUUCAUUUUAGCAGGUACUGAGUGAUGCUGUAUAUAUAAAUAAGUGUAUUGUUUUGAUUUUUAGAACACCAUGGCAUGCUUGACUAUUUCUUAUUUCAAAUGUCUGUUAAUGCAAAGUAGGCUACUCCAUCAUAGUGUUAAAAACUGAAUUUGCUAACAAUGUGAUAUAAAGACUUUAAAAGUAACACAUUAUGUGGAGCCCUAUCUUUAUAAAAGUUUUCUACUGUAAAGUGCUUUUACUCUUAUUUUCAGUUUUUGAUAGUAUUCAACCAUAAUUAAAGUUGCAUAAGAUAAUUGCUUCACAUUUCACAUACUGAUAUUUAUCUGAGUGCUGUCUAAAACUGUUGUGCUAGCCAAAGUAAUGCUAUGAAAUCAUUUGCAGACUUAACCGUGAAUUAAUGUUAAAUGCACUGUUAUUGCCAUGUGAAGAGGCAUUGACUUCUAUACCACCAUGAUGUUCAGACCAUUUUAUACAUUUCAGUGGCCUUUAAAAAAAAAAAAAAAAGUAAAACCAAGUACAUAAUGGAGAUGGCUUUUAUUUG